AUGCGUUCAAGCACCCAACAAGGGGCUUGGCAGCCAAGGUCUUCUCAGGAUGAGGUUGUUCUCAGGAUGAGAUUUCAGACAGAUGCAUCAAUAUCAUAUGGCCUAGGAUUUGCUGAUGAAAGCAAAGCUACAUAUAUGGAACUGCAGAGGAAGAAGGAACACCGUUAUGUGAUCUAUAAGAUCGAUGAUGAGAAGAAAGAAGUUGUGGUUGAGAAGAGUGGAAACCGCUCAGAUACCUAUGAUGAUUUCACUGCAUCUUUGCCUCAUAAUGACUGUCGUUAUGCAGUUUAUGACUUUGAAUUUGUGACUUCUGAGAAUUGCCAAAAGAGCAAAAUAUUUUUCAUUGCAUGGUGUCCUUCUGUGGCUAGUAUUCGUUCGAAGAUGGUGUAUGCUAUAUCCAAAGCCCGAGUCAGGUGGGAGCUGCAGGGCAUUCAUUAUGAGAUUCAGGCCACAGAUCCCACCGAAAUGAACAUUGAUGUUCUGAAAAAACGGGCAAACUGAACUC